AUGUGCUCCGGAGGGCAAUUAAGCAACCGCAUUUCGUGCCUAAGGCAGCAUUUCUUAGACGCGGCGCUGCUGAAUCGCACGCUGGUGUUCCCAUCGCACGGGCCUGGAGUGGACUAUGACUAUGAGCGGCUGUUGGAUAUGGAGGCGCCGAGAAGGUGCUUUGGUAACCACACGUUUCUUACCCUCGAUGAAUACGCUGCCAUUCAGGAAGCAAAGAACCCCAAGAGGAGGAAGAGCGCACCUGUGAUGGUGGUUGACGUGUUCAUAUGCCACGUGCACCACUACCAGACGGAGAGAGAGUGCGGUUACAUCCGACAACGGUAUCAGCAACUGCACAUCCACUUUGCUAAAACGGUCAUCCCGGAGAAGCGCACCCCAAGCCCCUGGUUCAAGUACCCCUCUAAGGAGUUCAUCUCCCUCUUUAACUAUGCCGAUUCGGUCAUCGCCUUCGGCAACAUGUUCGGCGUGAGCGGGCAGGAUUUGCGUUUUCACCAUGCCCGCCCGCUCGUGGUUCUGCCGGGAUGCAAAUAUUACAUCAUGCCCUCACCCAUGGUUCGCCAGGCCGCUGCUGGGUUUAUCAACUCCUACCUCGGCAGCAGCACCAGCAGCAGCAGCAGCAGCAGUGAUAGUAGCAAUGCAGGUGAUGCUGCUGGUGGGGGUGUUCGGGCUGCUGGUGAUGGUGGUGCUGGUGGCACCGGUGGUGGUGGCUUCAUGGCAUUGCACAUGAGACGAGGCGAUUUCUACCAGCAUUGCGUCAACAUGAAGGGCCAUUCCAUGUUCGCCUGCUACCACCCGAUCCGCCAGCUGGCGGCCUGUGUGGCGCGGCGAUUGGACGAGAAUCCAGGCGUGCGGGCGAUUUAUCUUUCAACCAAUGGGGAUGAUGAUGAGGGGUGGGGGGGAGGGGGAGGAGGCGGCGACGGGGGAGGGGGGACUGUUUUGGGCAGGCGGAAUGCGGACAGUCAGGGGGAUGGCGGAGGGUUUGGUGGAGAGCGGUGGGGGAGGCAAAGAGUAGGCGGAAGAAGCGGGGAGGGCGUGAGGGCGCGGCUUGGUGACGGGGGAGGCGGAGGCGGAGGGGCAGGCGGAGGGGGAGGCGGAGGGGGAGGGGGGGAGAGGCGCAUAGCGAGGCGGAAGGCGUGCAAGUUCUGGCUGGGGGGCAGCUGCAACCGCCAUAACUGCAUGUUCCUCCACGCCCACACGACGGCUGCUGACGUGGAGAUGAUGACAGAGCUGACGGGGCAUGAGAAGGUGGUGCGCGCCAUAGCUCUACCGGAGAGCUCCUCUCAGCUGUACACUGGCAGUCAGGACGGGACGAUUCGAGUGUGGGACUGCACCUCGGGGCAGUGCGUGAGUGCAGCGAGCAUGGGGGGGGACGUGGGAGCACUGAUUACCAACUCUGGGUGGCUCUUUGUCGGCCUGCCCAACCUUGUCAAGACGUGGGUGCUGGCGAGUGGGGUGCAGGGCGAUCUGCCGGGCCCUACAGGGUCGGUGCACCAGCUGCUGCUGCACAAUGGCAUGCUCUUUGCCGCCUGCAGUGACGGCAAGAUCCUGUGUUGGAAGUUCAACCCAGCCUCGCAGCAGUUUGAACCCGUGGCAUCACUCACCGGCCACACAGCGGCUGUCGUGUGCCUUGAAGCCACUGCCACGCAUCUAUUCUCUGGAUCCAUGGAUAAGAGCAUCAGAAUAUGGGAUCUCAGCACGGGAGCGUGUGUGCACAUAGUGCCGGCUCACGAGCAUGUGGUGAUGGCGCUGGUGGCCUGGCAAACUCACCUGCUCUCCUGCUCACUGGAUGGGACGGUUAAGGUAUGGGCGCCGUCAGCAGCAGGAGGGGGUGCCAUCGACCUGGCGUUCACUCACACAGAUGCAGACGACAAGGGAGGCAGCGGGCAGACCGACAGGGAACCCGAUGGAGCGUUGGCAAUGAAAGUGAGCACAGAUCUAGCAGGCAAUCAGGUGCUCAUGGUAUCGUACAGCGACAACUCAGUCCGCCUCUACGACCUUCCAUCGUUCACUGAGCGGGGAGCGCUGUUCACAGUGCAGGAGGUGCGAUCUCUGUGUGUGGGGCCCAGCGGACUCAUGUUCACCGGUGACAGUGCAGGGACGGUCAAGGUGUGGCGGUGGACGCAGUGA